AAUACAAUCAUCAACACGCUUGGAAGUAAUAUGGCUUUGACGAUUGCAUCGAGUGACAUCGAAAUUGUGCGCUACGAAGAUCGUUACAAACAUCAGUCUUUGGAGGUAUUGCGUACGUCGUUCUUCCUACACGAAUCGGUAUGCAUUGGAUCGGAAGUGAACACUACCCCACAAGCACAGCGUGACCUUGAGCUGCUCUGUACGGAAGUUGCCAACCGUGGAGUAACGAUGAUCGCACGACACACUCCCACUGACACGAUUCUGGGUGUAGCCUUCAACGUACUGCAGACCAAGAACCAACGGGAGUACAUCGGAUACUUUGAACGUUUCCGUGACAGCAAAUGCACUACGGAUAGUUCGCGCUCGGUACUCGAUUACAUGAUCGCGAUGGACGCAAAAGUUAAUCUGUUCGAAAUGUACAAUGUGAACUGUGUGCUGGACAUCAUGUAUCUGGCAACGCUCCCGAACUAUGCAGGACACGGCAUUGCUACAAGGCUGGUGGAAGAAUCGAUUCAGUUGGCAAAAGAUUUGAAAACUGGGAAAAUCGUACUGAACUCAAACAUCCCGAAUCCACAGCUCGUAUCAGCACUGUUUUCGUCGAGAAUCUCGCAACGGGUAGGGGAAAAGAUUGGCUUCCAAUUUAUUAAGGAAGUGCCUCAUUCUGAGUUUAUCUUUCGUGGUAAAACAUUUGCUGAUAGAGUUGGACCGUUACACCCAUCAUCUCAAAUAGCUGUUAAGUUGAUUUAAUAAAUACUUUGUGCGCAUGCUACACAAGUA